UCCAAGGCCAGGGGGGAGGAUCUGCAUCAGACAUCGGAGCGACGGAGUUUCACCACAAAAUUCCACUUUCUGACGUUGUAGUUGCAGAUUUUGGUCAAUUGAAUACACUACUACAAAAUGAAGACAUUGCUAAUCCUGUUGUCAUUUCUUGGAGUUUGUUCAUGUUCUUCUAAGCAAUGGAAAUCGAAUGUCAACUUCAACAACCCCCAAAACUGGGACAGUGGAAAGUUACCAUGUGCUAACAACAGGAUCGUUUUUCCCGAUACGGUGCAAACAGCUCUUCUUCAGACAAACAUCAGCUCUGUGAGGGAGAUCAUUUUACCUAAUAAUGGACAGCUUCUGAUGCUUAAUGACAUGGUGCUAUCAUUCUCGGAUACCCCUUCUGAUGCAGAUUGCAAUUUCGAAGAUGUCAACUUCAUCAGCCCAGACUUCAAGAACUGGUUUGAUCCAGACAACUGGCAGGACUUGGAUGCUCUGGUGACUGUGGAGACAGAGAGAGUCCCAUGUCAAUAUGAUUCAGUCCUCUUCCCUGAAGACCAGGUGUUUGCAGUCAAUGUGGAUGCCAGCGUCACCAUCGGUAGAAUGAGCUUCUCUGGGAAAGACAAAGAUACAAGUCAGUUUAACGACUUUCGCAAUGGUCCUGAUGGCAAGCUACAGUUCUCAGAAAGAAGUGCUUCGAUAACCAUCCAGGGCAGUGCCUGCCCAAAAGACAGCGGCUGCGCCUGUGGCAAUGAUGACCCAGACACUUUGAAGAGGAUCUGUGACCAGUACAGCUGUAUGCCCAUCUCAUGUGCUGAUGCUGUUACUCCAAUAGGGGGUUGCUGUCCAUUAUGUGGAGCUAUUCUAGUUAUGAACUAUGAUGUUGCAACAUUCAACAUGGCAGACUUCAACAACAGGAUGCAUGAUGACUACCACGUUCAUGAUACCCCAAACAUUGCAAAUAAUCGUAGGAAACGACGUGAAGUGGACACGGGUGAAGUGGAUAUCUACACCUCCAUGACAAGCACUGGUCAAAUUCAGAUGGUACUAACGGACAAAGAGUCAGGAUCAAGUAACGGUCAGAAGGCAAUAACAUUGGGUCUACAGAUUAUGACUGACAUACAGAAUGACCCUGAAUCCUUUGGAGUGGUUGAUGUAGUGAUGCAUAGCUCCAAGGAUAACACAGGUGCCCAAGGCUCAGUUACUGGAGGUGCUGUGGCUGGAAUCAUCAUUGCUGUUAUUAUUGUUGUCAUCGUUACCAGCACUUUUGGAUUCAUCUUCUUGCGUCGUCGCUCUACAUUCUUCACCAAGGACAUGCCACUGAAUGCCGAUGUGGAUAUGUCCCCAGGCAUUCCAGCUGGCUUCAUGGAGGAACUCCCUGGCCAUCCACCAGCUAUUCACAUGCAGAGCUUUGAUAACCCGGUGUAUAACACACCUUCUAUGCAGGACAAUCUAUACAGUGAUCCAACUAAGAUCCUGACCGAUAUCGCAUCUGGAGACGCUGAUGACUUAAAGAAAUCCGGCAAGAAGGGCAAGAAGGGUAAAGGCCUGCCUCCCUCGGUGGAGAACCUAGACCAACUUGAUGACAUCAAUGGAUUUGACAAUCCUAUCUACGCCACUGUUGUGAAGAUUCCAAGUCAGAGUGUGGAGGUGAAAAUGUCUCCUGAGGAUCAGCACGAUGGUGUAGAGGGAUUCUCCAAUGUUGGCUUUGACAUGUCUACGCAGGAGUCUGACUCUUAAACAGACAAUCAGAUGUUCCCAACCUUGGAGGUAACCUUUUGAGAUGCCAGAUUGAAACCGACUACAACUGCGAUUACUUAAGCUAUGCACGCUAGAAGAACUUUUUUAGUAGGUUUAGAUUUUUAGCUUUGAUUACAAAAUGUGAUAUCAAUUUUAAGGAAAUCUUUUUUAGUUUUUUUAUGCAGUAAAUUUUUAACCACCAUUUAAUUUUUUGUUAGCGAUUCUUUUUAAAGUUAGAAAUCUUACCAAUUAUUACUAUUUAGAUUUGGGGUUGAGUACACUCUCGAUUGUGUGAAAGUUGCCAUUCUGUGUGGAUUUUAUUUACUCCAAGCCUUUUGUUCAUCUCUUUCAAUUCUCAAGCAAUUUCUCAUUGAAUUUGCUGAUAUUCUGUUCAUAAACAAUCCAAGCAAUAUUGAAGGUGCAGAAUUUCUAAUUAUACACAGUACUAUACUAUUGCAUAAUUGAUACGCAGAUGCAUUUUUAAAGUACCUUUUUAAGUAAUUUUAUUAUAAACCUCAAAAACCAUCAAAAACAUCAGCUUUGACCCUUGAGAGACCACAGUGACUGUAGGAUGCUUGUACCAAGGCAUCCAUAGCAGGCAUAAAUGGCUGCAAUGUCUGAUCUAUUCCACCCAAUCAAAACGCCAUGUUCCGUAAUGGGCCCUUUUCAUGAAACAAGUUAAUUCCACAUAGCCCGUGCGCACUAACAUUUUUGGUUGGCAAAAAAUAAGCAAACAUCGUGCUGUUUUGUACACGGCUAAUGGCUGCAUGACGCAGACACGAUUGUGCGUCUGCUUAGUGCACAACUCUAUGGCGUUUGCCAACCAACAGGUUCAUACGAAGCGUGAAUAUAAUAAGCAUAUUUAAUGAAAAGGGUCCAUUGACAAUUCCCAAUGUUAUCCGUUAUACACCAAUCCAGGCGCGCACCGGGCGCGCAGUGAUGAGCACCGCGCGCCAUUGCUGGGGUGUACAUGUGCCUAGUUCCCAAUGUUAUCUGUUAUACACCAAUCCAGGCGCGCACCGGGCGCGCAGUGAUGAGCACCGCGCGCCAUUGCUGGGGUGUACAUGUGCCUAGUUUGUCAAGAAUGUAGUACGUUGUUAUAUCAAGGUGCCAUAUCUAGGAAAUCUCAUAGAUUGUCGAGGAAGAUAUUCAAUUCCCAUAAAAAGUGGAAAGGAAAAUGAUUUCCUUGUGCCUUUGUGCACAAAACUAGGCACAAAGACACCCCAACAAUGGCGCCCAAGCACUUGCGCGCCUGGAUCGGUCUAUAGUAUCUCUGAUUUUGAAACAACCCUUCAUGUAUUUUUUGUGUAGACUCUGAAGACAUUUUACUGAACAGUUUUACAGAAAUGAAUGGUCUCUAGGGGUUAAAGCUAGAUAUAUGUGUUGGUGUUAGAUUAUGCAGUUACAGUGUGAACAUUUAUUACACUCUGGGACAAAAAAAACACGUUUCAUGAGGAUUUUGUUGUACUUUGUACUUGUGGAAGUUGUUUUAACAUAUUUUGUUUUUAAAAAAUAUUCCACAAAACUACACUACUAGUACUCAGAUGAUUUUUUACAAUAUAUUUUUUACACAAUUUGAUAACUUUUGAAGAUUAGCUCAAUAAACAUUUUGCAGCAAAAAUAA